GGCGCAAAGUGCAACCGCGAGAAAGAUAGCGCAUCUGUUUUGGAGGAGUGAGUGAGUGCAGAGAAAGGUUUCUCGUUUCGUUUCACUCGUCGCGUUUCACCCGUUCGACGAGUGACGUGCCUCGGGUCUUCGUCGGUGGGGAAGAGGAUUGUUCUUGGAUUUUAGCGCAAAUAGAGAAGACGCGGGCUUUCGUCCUCGCGAAAAAUUUAUCACGCGACUGUGCGUCUUAACCUUUUCUAUUGUUUAAAUGCAAUUAAAGUGGGCUGCUGGCCGCAGUGUGUGAUUCCUGCGGAUCGACGACUAUCCUCACGUCAAUUUCGCAGCGAUCGACCGAUGCAUAGUACUUCGAUGGAGCUUAUUCGCGCGUGACACCAACUUUUGGGACACCAGGCUCGACUUUCGCCAGGUAGCCCCAAUUCCGAUCUACCACGUGUUAUAAGCUUUACUUUGUUCCGGAUAUUGUAUUCAUAUUUAUCCUUGCCGCGACGCUUGCACGACAUAAAAGCUUACAGAGAUUUUGGUAGCUGUCUACAUUUACGUUACUGUGGCAGCUUUUAUUUUCCUACAUACGAUCAACAUGUUUACCACAUGACAUGAACUUCAUUUUAUGACAAGUACAUAAUAUCACUAAUAUUUAUGGAAAUUAUCUUUGCGUCACAUUUUAUGACACAAAAUAUGAAAAAUUUUAUUACAUGCAAUAACGGUUUAACAAGUAUUUAAUGUAACUUUUGACACCACAUUUAUGCUUUAUAAAUAUUUUUAAGUAGUGUAUGAACGUCACAUUGUCUACGCAUUAAAGACAAUAAUAUUCACACAAUAAAGGGCCAUAUAGAGAAAAUGAAUAGCAGGCUUGAAGAACAGGAGUCAAAAUGGACAUGUGAAUAUUGUACAUACGAGAAUUGGCCUUCAUCGUUGAAAUGCACAAUGUGCAGAGGUGCCAAGCCUUUAUUAGGGGAGGAUAUUUACCGCCUACGAGAUCCAAGCCCACAAAGGUCUGGAUCAAAUGUCGCAUCUGGUCCAGUAACUCAUUUAAGUCCAACAGAUUCUUACAAUGUUAGUUGUCAAAAUGUACCAUUGGGAAAGUGGUCUUGUGCAAUGUGUACCUAUCUUAAUUAUCAAAAUACCACACGUUGUGUUCAGUGUGGAAAUAGGAAACCUACAGGUCUCAAUCAGUCGAUACACUCGACUGUAGCCUCGAAUUUGCAUGAACACCUAGCACCUCUUAGGCUAGGAGAUCCACCACCAAACUCAGGAUCAAAUCCUCCUCCAAUAAACUUACACCCAGAAAGAUAUUAUAACUUACAAGCAAAUUUACAUCCCGAGAAAUGGUCUUGCCUUGUGUGUACUUAUGAAAAUUGGCCAAAAGCCACAAAGUGUGUGAUGUGUGGUAAUCCUAAAGAAAAAGAUAGAAGAGACAGAACAACCAAUAACAUGGGUGUUAUUUUACCAAGCCCAGAAAGAGAUCAUAGCCAGCGUAACUUACCUUCUCCGCCUCAUACACCUUAUAUUCAUCAAACCCAGAGGGAUGAGAAUUUGGCUGUGGGACGAAGGAAUUCACAUAGAUAUCCUGAUAGCAGAAAUGACAAUUUGUCAACUCCUCAAUCCCCUAAUAAUUGUGACUAUGAGCGUAGACUAAAACAGUUGAGGCGUCAUACUGAUUGGUGCUGGUUAAAUGCGUGUCUUGGCAUUGUGGAAGGUGACAAUGCUCCUGUUGAAGCUUAUUUGGCAAGUGGUGGUGAUCCUGCUCGUCAAUUGACGCAUUCAGAAGUUCUGCUUCUAAAUAGAAGUAGUGCUUUUGAUGUUGGACAUACCUUAGUACAUUUAGCUAUUAGAUUUCAAAGAGAGGAUAUACUAGCGACAUUAUUAUCACAAAUCGAGGGUUCUGGAUCUGGAGUAAAAAGAGUACCAAGUUAUGUUGCACCAGAUUUGGCUGCUCAAAUUCGCAGACAUGUCACUAAUAGUAUCCGGUUACGCAAGGGUUCUUUCCCAUGUUAUUUUGUCACUGAUAUAGCUACAUUUGCUUUGCCUGCUGAGGUCGAAGAUUUACCAAGUAUAGUGCAAGAACAGAUGUUGGAAGAGUUAUUAGAUAAAGAAGCUCAACAACAAUUAGAAGGUGGCGGCGGAGAACCACCAGCACUGAAUUGGUCUUUAGAAAUUACCGAACGUUUAGGAAGUCGUUUACAUGCACUUUGGAAUAGAUCUGCUGGCGAUUGUUUAUUAGAUUCUGCUAUGCAAGCUACUUGGGGUGUUUUUGAUCGAGAUAAUGCUUUAAGAAGAGCUCUUGCUGACACUUUACAACAAGCUGGUCAAUUUUUUUAUCCUCGAUGGAGAGAAUACGAAGCGUCUCAAGCAUCUAGAAUGUUGGAUUUUACAUUAGAAGAGACUCAAUGGCAAGAAGAUUGGGAAAGCUUAUUAGCAACAGCUGCUCAACCAGGAAGCGCUCUAGAGCAGCUACACGUAUUUGCCCUAGCCCAUAUUUUAAGGCGACCUAUUAUUGUUUAUGGCGUUAAAUAUGUUAAAAGUUUUAGAGGGGAAGAUAUAGGUUAUGCAAGAUUCGAAGGUGUUUAUCUUCCACUUUUAUGGGAACCUUCAUUUUGUAUUCGCUCACCUAUUGCUUUGGGUUAUACACGCGGUCAUUUCACGGCUUUAGUUCCCAUCGAGCCAUACACAUCGUCUAGAAUACCACCUCUUUCGUCUCAUGGUGGUGUAGGCUUGGGUGGCGGUAAUGGUCCACUUCAACAGCUGCAAAUACAGAUGCAGACUACAUUCAUGCCUUUAAUGGACCGAGAACAUAAACUCUUACCAAUACAUUUUUUGAGUCUAGAAGAAGUAGGCCGCGAAGAAUCUAUUUUAAAGGAAUGGCUCGAUGUAUGCAGGACCGAAGGUGGUAUUCUUGUUGCGCAACAAAAACUACACAAAAGACCCUUAUUAGUAGCACAAAUGCUAGAAGAAUGGCUAAAUCAUUAUCGGAGACUCGCUCAAACUAACAACGCACCCUUUUUGAGACCAGCAGUUUUACAAGAUUACAGUAGCGAUGGAGACACAGAAGAUGAAUAACAAGGCGGAAUGCUUUAAGUUAUCGAAGUUCAACCGAGAAGACUUUUUCUAUGAUUUGCCCAAAACUAAUUGUAUCGCAAGAUCUCAGAGAUUCGCAACUUUCUGCUGAA